GUGGUGGUAUGUUGUGCCAACCUGGCCAAACAUUUAGGAGACUAAGAGAUUAGAUUAGUUUGCACUCAUUAUUUAAAGGAGAGUGAGCGAGAGCGAGAUUAAGAGAAGUCCUGGGCACCUGAUGAUGGCUCCUGAUUGGUAGCUUUAGUUUAAAGCUCCGCCCAGAUGACAGGCCUGCGAGUCAGUGAAGGUUAGGCUUUGUGAAUGUGUAUAUAAAGUGUGAGUGUAUAGGUAAGUGUGUAUGUGUGUGCCUGCUUGGGUAUGAAGACAUUUACUUACUAAAAAGAGGAGGCAAGCAGACGUCAGCAUGCUGUUGGAGUUGUUCAUCACCCUACUCCUCAUUGAGAGCCAGGUGCUGGGAGACACAAGUUCCUCUGAAGAAGAACAAAAUUCAAGCCAGGAACAUGAUGAUGAGCAUAAAGAACGUCCAUCCCACAGUCAUCACUGGGGCUAUCAUGAUCAGAGAUCAUGGAUGAGAUCUUUUUCCAACUGCAGUGGAACUUCUCAGUCUCCUAUUGACAUUGUGACGCGAGACGUCAUCUACUCUCCCAGCCUGCCUGCUAUAAAACUAGAAGGUUAUGAUUUAACUGGUCAGCCUGAGCUGACACUACAGAACAACGGUCACACUUUGCAGCUCCAGUUGCCCAAGACCAUGAAAAUAGUAAACGGAUUUGACGAGAUCUACCUGGCAGCCCAGCUGCAUUUCCACUGGGGAACCAUAGAGGUUCCUGGUUCAGAACACACCAUUGAUAACGUUCACUUUCCUGCCGAGCUCCAUGUGGUUCAUUAUAACUCAAAAUAUACCAGCAUCAGAGAGGCUGCAAGCAAACCAGAUGGACUCGCUGUGUUCGGUGCCUUCAUUAGGAUCGGUCUGCAUGAGAAUGAAAAUUAUGAAAAUAUCCUGUCGGUGAUUAAAGAUGUUAGCGCUGAAGAAUCGAACACCAAGAUCCCCAGUUUUAAUGUCCGUCACCUUCUGCCGAACAGCCUGGAGAGGUUUUACAGAUACACUGGAUCUCUCACAACUCCGCCAUGUUUCCAGUCUGUAAACUGGACCAUCUUCAAUGACACAGUCACAGUCUCAAGGAAACAGCUGGCUGCUCUGGAGAAGACACUGAAAGCAGGACACAAUCAAAGCUUAGCAGAAAACUUCAGAACGCCACAAAAUCUUCAUGGAAGACAUGUCCUGGCCUCUUUCCGUACUACUUAUUCUACACGUACAGGUGCAUCACCUGGGACAGACACUUCCUCGAGAACAGGAGUAAAUAAUACACAGGAUGGACUUUCAAGAGGUGACAUCUUGGCCAUUGCCUUCGGAGCCUUGUUUGCUCUGACUCUGCUUUCUUUCUGCAUUUACGCUUAUCGACAGCGGCAAAAACACUCAAAGUUUAACCCUGACUCCAGACAAAAUGUUAUCUAUAAACCAGCGACCAAAGAAGACGUGUAGACCUGCGACGUGUGAUCUGAUGUCAAACAUAGGUCAUAUUUACACUGGAAAACAUUUCUGGAGUUGAUGUAAAGACACUGGUGAAUGUACUGUAAAUAGAAAAACAGUAUUUUAACCUCUUAAACUCCCAGACGAGCGUAGACUUACGCCCCUCACUCCUGUAACUACAAAUUUUAUUGGAAACACGAAGGAUAGUCUUGUCUCACUUACCAAAAAAGGCAACUCUUGCCUAACGUCUGUAUAUAAACGUGUUUUACUGUUGUAUGGUGGAACGUCACACAAUCUUAUCCACUAUCGUCUUAUUUAUGACCUUUUUCUACAUCAUUUGUCAUGUUUAAAUCAAGCAUUGAAUUAUAUGAUAUCAAUCUGUCCAUUGUAAUAAUUGUUAAUGCUGCACACGGAAGCCAUUUCUUUAUGAAUGAAUAGUAAUAUUUUGUGUAAAUCUAUCCACAAAAAUAAAAUGUCUUCAUGUUUCUGAGGUAAAAGUUGAAGUAAAUGCGUAAUGCAAGACGGAUCUGUUACAUAUAAGACCAGGC